UGCAAUUAAUCAUGGGAAACUGAUGCGAGACUAAUCAUUCGAGAUUUGGAAACUCAAAGUUAGAUAAAUUUGAACAUCCGUUAGGUUCAAGAAAGAAUUUUGAUCAUUCUAAAAAUAGUAAUUAUAAAAAUUAUACUGGAAAUCAACUAGAGGAUCAAAACUGCUUAGGUGUAACCAAGAAUGACACCAAGUUGUCAAAUACAAAGAAUACAGCAGAAAAUGAGACUAAAGAAACUAAAGAGGAUAUUCUUGAUACUUGUGUUGAAGUGAAUUCUUGUCAUAUCAAAAGCAGUUAUAUAAAAAAUACACAUAGAUCUGAACAAAGAGGUCCAUCCCAUGUUUCUUCAAAAUCCCAAUGAAUUGGCAUCUCAAUACCUCCUGUUAAAGCCAGCUCUAGUGAGAGAAAUGAGAAAGAAACUAUCUGCAAGAGCGAGCCCCAAACUAAAUUGUUCAGGAUUAAAUCUAAAGGUAGAAGUAUGAGGAAUGAAAACCCUUUCGGGUUCACUCCUUACGAUAAUGGAAACCUUUCUGGCAACUACAAUUUCUCGGAAGGAUUAAGGGUUAGUGAAGUCAUAAAAGAAGAUAACAAAAGCGAAAAUUUAACAAAGGUUUAAAUGC